GGGGACACCCUGAACUGGUUGCCAGCCUUUGCUUGGGCCCAAGAUGACACCAAUGUAACAAGACGUCGCUUUAAGCAAAUAGGUGCAUUUUUCAGUGAAUCAGAGGAUCGGUUCCCCCAUAAAAUCUAGGGACAGGCAAAUUAACAAAUGUUUAAUCUUGAAUACGCAGUGGCUCACUGUUGAUUUUGUUUUCUACCAUUAGAAAUUGUGUUGACCGAUUGGAGAUUUCACCGUGUCUUGCUCUUGAGAUAUCAUUUCUACGCCUUCAUCAGCACCCCGGGCGCACUUGGGGUGAGUCCUAGUUAUCGCUUGGACAACUGCACGUCCCUGUUGCACUUUUGUGGGAGGGGAGGUGAGCGAGGGGUGGUGGUGGUGGCACGAGGUGUGUGCCGUCAGCUGCCUGGCAGAGGCGACCCGAGGGCCUACUAUUGAAGCAUAGUUGGCAUUCCUGCUGGGGGCAGGCCGAUAGCGCCGCUGAAAGAUGGCCGGAGGAAUCCUCAGCAAUUUGGACAACCUGUGCAACGUGGACUGCGCCAACGUGCACCCCCUGGUGUGCCACCUGUGCCACGAGCAGUAUCAGUCGCCGUGUCUGCUGGACUGCUAUCACAUCUUCUGCGCCCGCUGCUUGCUGGGCCGGACCAACGACAGCCGACUCAGCUGCCCCCUCUGCGGAUACCCGUCCGUCAUAAAGGGGAACAAUGGCCUCCCCCCAGAGGACCGCCUGCUUAAGUUCCUGGUGGACAACAACGCAGACGCCGAGGAGAUUGUGCAGUGCGCCAACUGUGACCAGGAGAGCAACAAAAAGGACACAGGUGUGAUGUUCUACUGCAACACUUGUAACCAGCCUCUCUGCUGCGCCUGCAGGGAGCUCACACACAAGGCCAGAAUGUUCGCCCACCACGACAUCGUCUCACUAUCUAAGCGCAGCAAAGCCAAGCACAGGAAGUGUGUUUUGCACGAGGAGCCCUACAUCCUCUUCUCCACCGAGAACAAGUCCAUGCUUUGCAUCAAGUGCUUCAGGGAUAUGCAAGUGGAGAGUCGCACUCACUGCAUUGACAUUGAGACAGCCUACAUGCAAGGAUGUGAGAUGUUGGACCAGGCCGUGCUGGUGGUGAAGGAGCUGCAGACGUCCACCCGAGAGGCCAUCUUCCUGCUGAGGUCCAUGAUAGGAGAAGUCUGUCUGAACGUGGAGGAGGAGGAGAGCGCCAUCUGCUCUCUCUUCAACAGUUUGCAGGAAAAACUGGCUGAGAGGAAGAAGAUUUUGCUGAAGACUGCACAGAGCCAACACGAGGAGAAGGAGAAAGCGCUCAAGGAGCAGCUGUCACACCUCACCUCACUGCUGCCAACACUCCAGGUUCAUCUGGUCACCUGCUCAGCCUUCCUCAGCUCAGCCAACAUGUUUGAGUUUCUGGACAUGGGUUACCAACUGAUGGAGCGACUGAAGCGGAUCGUCAAGCUCCCGCAUCGCCUCAGACCAGUGCAAAGCAGCAAAAUCAACACAGAAUACCGCAGUGAGUUUGCCCGCUGUCUGGAGCCGCUGCUUCUGAUUGGCCAGCGCUGCGCCCCAUCGGUCGCCGGGUCUUCCAGCGUCGCCACGAGGCUGCAGUCGCCUCUCUCCAUGUCUUGCCGCUCGCAGUCCCUCAGUGAGAUGCCGCUGGGUUCCGUCUUCGGUCGGAGGCCCACGUCUCACCGCAACAUCUGCACCAAGGUCCUGCUGGCCGAGGGGCGCGAGACCCCCUUCACCAAGCACUGUAACAGCUACGAGAACUCCUACAGGACCCUUCAGACCGAGAUCCAGAGCCUGAAAGACCAGGUCCAGGAGUUGCACCGAGACCUGACCAAGCACCACUCCAUCAUCAACACGGACCAAAUGGGCGAGAUCUUGGACCGCUCGCUGCACAUCGACAGCCAGAUCGCCUCCCAGUACGCCACGGUGGAGACCAUGAGGACCAUGUUUGAAGAGAUCUGGGAGGAGACCUUUCAGAGGGUCACCAACGAGCAGGAGAUCUAUGAAGCCCAGCUUCACGACCUGAUGCAGCUGAAGCAGGAGAACUCCUACCUGACCACCAUCGCCAGGCAGAUCAGCCCCUACAUCCUGUCCAUCGCCAAGGUCAAAGAGAGACUGGAACCCAGGCUCCAGGAGACCAAAGAGCGCCGUGAUGACCGCACCGAAACCAUGCUGAAGAUUUACGAAGAUAACACAACAAUGGAAGCGGAGAGUCAAGACGGCGACAAGCAGACGCGCCUCCUCGAACAAGACAAGAGCAACCACCCGCUCGUGCUCUAGUGGCUCCACCUCGUACCAAACCUGGAGCUACGCCACAUAGCGGACGUGACAUUCUCCGAGCAGGGGGGACAGGGGUGGGGGCGGGCUGUCAGUAGGUGAGAAACCUUUGCGUGGCGGUAUUAAGUGGCCGAGGUCACGCCGCCAUCGGGGCCACACUUCGUUGUCGCUGUGACAAGGUGCCGCUCCACAGGGGCCAAGCGUUCGUGACUUCAUCAGACACCACGUGGCGAGAAUCCUCUUUUGGAAUUGAAAUUUUCCCCCAUGAGAAAUCACGCUGAUAGAAUGAAAGCUGCCAGCAACUCCGCCUCGUAAGAGGUCGUUGACAUACAAGACCUGGAAUUAAUUUAAAAAAAAAAAAAUUACACCUGCUGAGUGUUUUCA